CUGGUGCCAAGACUCACCAACUUCGAAACAAAAUGGCUGACUUGAAGGCGCUCGAGCACGCAACACUGAAGGUACCAUAUGAAACACUGAAUAAAAAGUUCCGCAACUGCCAAAAGACUAUUGACAGAGAAGUUUCACAUGUAAUGCAGGUUCACAGUGAGUUGGAGAAAUGCCUAGAGAACAAGUCGACGACUGUGGGGACAGUCGUUAAUAUUCUGGACUCGAUGGUGGACAAGCUAAGUGCUCUCAAGAGAAAGGCCAAUGAAUCUAUUACCCAGGAGGAGGACAGUGCCCGAGUGGUCAAGCGCCGUCUGGAACAUCUCAAGGAAUAUGAGGGAUCUACAGGAGCAGCCUUGGCGUCCUGGAAGAAGAAGCGAGUUGACCGCAUGCUGGUGGAAUACUUCCUGAGAGCAGGGUACUACGAUACAGCCGUCAAGUGUGCUAGGCAUUCUAAUAUUGAGGACCUUACAAAUAUAGAGCUAUUUCUAGUUGCCAAGGAAGUUGAGGAAUCUCUACUACGACGAGAAACGUCGUGCUGCCUAAACUGGUGCCACGACAACAAAUCUAAACUUAGGAAAAUAAAGAGUACACUUGAAUUCAACUUAAGAACCCAGGAGUUCAUUGAGCUGAUUUUGCUCAACAAGCGUGUGGAGGCGGUACGCCACGCCCGCAAGUACUUCAGCUCCUUGGAAGGAGAGCAGCUGGCUGAAGUCCAGAGGGUCAUGGGGCUCCUUGCAUUUCCAGCCGACACGGAUGUCUCACAUUACAAGGAGUUACUAGAUGGACAUCGCUGGCAGCAGAUUGUGGACCAAUUCCGAGAAGAAAACUACAAAUUGUAUCAGUUAAACAUCACACCUGUCUUAACAGUCUCGUUAGAGGCAGGACUUGCAGCAAUGAAAACACCGCAUUGCUAUAGCGACAAUAACAAGAAUGCUGAUUGCCCCGUAUGUAGUAAGAACCUUAACGAGCUGGCAAGGAACCUUCCAUACGCACACUGUGCACAGUCUAGACUGGUCUGUUCAAUAUCAGGCAAUAUAAUGAAUGAACAUAAUCCACCCAUGAUGCUUCCAAACGGCUACGUGUAUGGAGAAUGCGCCCUGAAAAAUAUGGCUGCCGUAAAUAACGGAGUGGUGACUUGCCCCAAGACCAAAGAGAAAUUCACCUUUGACCAGGUGGAGAAAGUCUUCAUCAUGUGAGAUGGCUUGCAAGAAUGGCAGCUGCAAGUGUUUGCCUCAGUGUGGACUAUCAUGGAUGAGAGAGCCCUGCUUUUAGAAAAGAUUUCUGUCUUUUGAGGGCAUCUGACCCUCAGAUACUUGCUAGCUGUCUCACAAGUGAUAUCCAGGCCUGAAAGUAUUGUUGCAAGUAAUCUACAGUGUAUUCAGUGAUUCAAGAGAAAUGUAUCCUGCAAAUGUAUCCUGAGCUGUGGCGCAAACUUGCAUGCCAACCACGUAACCUGAAAUUUUGUCUCCUUUGCAUGUGCCGCUCAGUGAUAACAACCCGUAUACUUAAUGUAAGAAGUCCUCGGGUAUGUAUUGUAUACAAUGAAUUGGGGCCAAGGGCUUGGCUGAUUGAAGCAGAACAAUGAAGACGCUCUAAGAAGAAAUUGUAGACAGCACUCUGUUACCUACCCGCACACUUGCAAGUAGCAGGAAGGAUGCCUGACUAAUUUGCAACUGAAUGCGUACAAAUUGUUGCAUCUUCACAUAGCAGACUAGUGGCCAUGUCCAAAAGUUAAGGCUGCGACUGUAACACAUGUAACACAUGAACUUAUGGGAGCCACUGGCUAACGGCUGCAAUCAUUUUCCCAUUAUAAAGCCACAGCCAUUUAAUGCAAAUGUUGUCAAUGUUUCUAAAUUUUUCUAGUAAGGAGAGAGUUACAGUUUAUGCAUGAGGUCUGAAGUGGAGUUCUGUAUGCUUUUCAAAACAGUAAUUUCCUUGCCUCGGGCCCUGUAUUGGCGGGGGAGAAGCUUAGUAGGCUGCACAGGGUAGCACGGUGUUUUCAACUUAAAAGGUUGCAUUCUACUUAAGCUGAGAAGAUGGAAAUAUUUUGUUUCUCUGCCUUUGAGAGUUUCACACAUUCUAAUUAUUUUACAUGUGGAUAUGAUUUGGGAUGUUUGUUUCACAAUAAAGUAUAAACACAGCACUUGCGUGUGCUGAUAAAGUAAGCAUAAUCCUUCGUCUAAAAUACCCUAACAGAUGAAGUGUCAUCUCACUGUAGUUUGAAUGUGCCAUGCAGCUAUCAAACUAAAGCAUACAAGAAACUGACGUAAAACGUCUUGCUGAAGAGCACUGGUGUACACAAAUAGGAUAUUUUAAGUACCAGACGUCAGUGCUUGUGGAACCAACAGAUUCAAAGUCUUGAUGUGGAAGAUAUAAUACAUGUACUUGUAUAAGUUGAUUUUUUUUAUAUCUCUGUAACAAACCUUAUGUAAUCAGUAUAAAGUUGAAUGUUUUAAGAGGUGAAAGAAAAUAACAGGCCAGUAAAUUUCAUGAAAUCAUUAACAUUAUUCAGGUAUAUUGUGUUUACUGUCGGGUGAUGCUGUUAGUUUUUCCUCGUCCAAGUUCCACGAAGCAAACAGUAGAUUUAAGUCCAUGUGUUCAAAACUGAAACAUUUUGGCCAGUUUUGGACUAAAGCUGAUAUCAUCCACAUUGUUACUAUCCGGGACUGGAAGACUUGAAUGCAGCACUGCUUCCAAGAGUACACCUUGUAGACUAAAUAAAAUAACCAUCUGUAAGCUUAAAGCCUGAUGGUUCUCUGGACUUAAGCUCAUUUCUUGAAUUCCCAAGUUUAUGUUCAAAGCUUUAAACUGUCAUUAACUAAAACUAUAUCAAACGGCACCCUUGAGCAAGUAACAGUAUGACUUUGAGGUAGCAAUUUGUUUUGAAGCUUUAAUUUAUUUGACUUCUCUGUCCAGUGUCCUGUCUUUUUGAUUAAGAAAAAAAAAAGGAAAUGAAUCCCGAGUUUCCCUUCAUAAACAUAAAUACACUUGGAAAUGUGCAGUGCAUUCCUUUGCUGUCUCCCACAAUGCAACAUCAGGAGCUCAACAUGAUGUGGCUGAGUGCAAGAGACAUAAGAAUAGAAUUCUGGCAUCACCACAGGAAUUACCGGACUCAAGUGCUUUCUAGUCAAUUUAUUAAAGUGAAUCGUUUAGUUGAGAUGUGAUUGAAGAGUUUUGAAAUCAGAUUUUGAACAAGAAAGCUCUUUGUAACAGUAAUCCCUAAUACAAGUGUUUCUCUAAUCACUUGGAGCUUUCCUGGAGUUAAAUAAAGUAGGCUUUUAAUUAUUUGAAUUGUGUUCUCGUUACAAUUUCCAUCAUCUUUGGAAAUAUUUUUCUGUUGGAUCCCUUUUCGGUAAUCCUGUUCCGGCAUUUUUAUUGUAUCAUUUUAAAGCUAAUUGUAAUUAAUUCACUGAUUGCCACAUAAGUGGUAUUUUCUUUAAAAUAUAAACUGAAAGGGGAAGUGUUCGCUACAAACGCAACCUAUUACACAGGAGCUCCAUCAUACUGAGAACACUAACUAAGAUGGUUCAUUUGUUAUCAAUGCUAAAUUUCCUUAUUUUGUGAGAAAAAGGGAAUUUUGUUUCUAAUGAGGCACUGUAUGGUGAUAAAUGCACAAAUAUUUAUGGUGUAUGCUAUUCAUGCAACAGUUUACAAAACAAAUUUUGUCUUUUCGUUGAAGAGAGAAUUGUAUUUGCCUCAAGAUUUUAAUAUUCUUGGAUGCUUAAUCCAAAGAUAAUUUUUAUUUUGACUGUUAUGUGGUAUUAUCCUGUUUGUACCUAUGUGAAGUUUUCUUUCUGAUGGAAAAGUCGGGCUAACUUUUCAAAUUUCGACUGUACUUUUCAGCUCGUAUUAAUUUCAACAGUGGCCAUGAAUAUCAAGAUGUUUAUGCUCAUAAGCAUGUCAAAUAAAGUAAAACAGACAGUUAAACCGGCCA